AUGGCUGCUACCGAAAAUACAGGAUACAUCGAACCCGAGCAGUUCAACGACGUCGACUCCGGGCUGGGCGACCUGAUCUCGGAAUCUGACACCGAGUCGCUGCGGUCUAGUCUGCUGCAGAGCGUCUAUGAAAACGGGCGUGGCUAUCACAAAUACAAGGAUGGGCUGUACUUCAUGCCAGACGACGAGCGCGAACAAGAGAGGCUGGACAUGCAGCACGAGAUCUUCCUCAACACUAUGAACAACAAACUGCUCGCAGCCCCCGUCGAGGCUGGCGCCACCUUGGACGUCCUCGACAUCGGCACCGGCACAGGCAUUUGGGCAAUCCAUUUCGCCGACGACAACCCGCAGUCGACGGUGCUGGGGACAGACCUCAGUCCCAUCCAGCCCUCCUUCAUCCCGCCCAACUGCAAAUUUGAAGUCGACGACUUUGACCAGCCCUGGUGUUUUUCUCAGAAAUUCGACCUCGUCCAUGGGAGAAUGCUUGCCGGCUCGCUGGGGGACCCUCUCAAAUUGCUCCAGCAGGCCCACCACGCCCUCAAGCCCGGGGGGUGGGUCGAGCUGCAAGACUUUGCCUUCCCGGUCCGCUCCGACGACGGAACCAUGGUGGGAACGGCUUUUGAGCGCCUCAACGACAACCUGGUCCGGGGCCUACAUCUGCUGAACCGCGACGGGAGCUGGGCCGCGCAGUACAAGCAAUUCCUAGAGCGGGCGGGCUUCGUCAACGUUGUCGAGACGCGGUACAAGUGGCCGCAGAACCGGUGGCCCAAGGACCCGCACCUCAAGAAAAUUGGACACUGGAACAUGGUCAACACCCUCGACGGUCUGCACGCCUUCUCCGCCCGCCUGUGCACCAAGGUGCUCGGGAUGGGGCUGGAAGAGUUUGAGAUUCUGUUGGCCGAGUCGAGAAGGGACAUUCGAAACCCCAAUAUCCAUGCCUAUUGGCCCAUGUAG